AUGAAUCAAGAGGGACAGGAUAUAAGCUUUAGUCAUGCUUGGUUGGAGGGCACAUUGACUGAUGAGCAAAUUAGCCAUCUAACGCCAGAGCAGCGUGAAAACUACAAUAUGCAGCUGGAAUAUAGGAAAGAACACAAGGGCCAUGAAUCUCAACAUGAACUGAUGGCCAUCAUCCUGUUGUUUGCUUUGUUCGCAUCACAGUUCCUCAUUCUUUGGUGGAAAAAGAAACACUACAAAUCCUAUCAAGCAGUCAGUCUGGGUGGUCUGUAUCUAUUCCCCAUGCUAUUUGGCCUCUAUGCUGGAUGGUACAGAUUCCUGGUCUUCUGGACACUGUAUUCUAUCUUGAAUGGCUUCGUCAUUUACAAAGCAUCCAGAAAGCCAUUGGAAGCCAUGACACCUCGCAUGGUAUACAAAUGGUUCACAGUUGUGUACAAUGUGUCCUUUGUUGUAGGUCUGGUUGGAUAUAUCAUCAUUUUGAUCGCAUUCUUUGGUAUUGCAGAACUCUUCAAUGCUGGCUCCGAGUUUAUUCAGACUGGAAUUUUGAUGCUUAGUUAUGGAUUGUACUUUGGUGUGUUGGGCAGAGAUUUCGUCGAGAUUUGCACGGAUAGAAUGGCAGCCACUAUUGGAUAUUAUUCAGAAGAUGGAUUACCUAAUAAAUACUUGGGUGAAGGUAUCUGCGCUGUGUGUGGUCAUGCCACUUCAGUCGGUCACCACGCAUCAUUGACCGCUGACCCUCACCAGCGCCCAAUGUUCUCUGAUGAUCCCGUCCAUCAAUUGACGUGCAAGCAUGUAUUCCACGAAAAGUGUAUUCGUGGUUGGGUGAUGAUUGGAAAGAAGGAUAUAUGUCCUUAUUGUAAGGAGAAGGUAGAUCUCAAGCAAUUCAAACGAAACCCAUGGGAUACCCAGCAACAGCUUUACCUCAACUUGUUAGACGGUGUUCGCUAUUUGGUCGUUUGGCAACCAAUCAUUUUUGGCGCUGUCCAGCUUUCUUACUACUUGUUUGGCUUAGAUUAA